GGAAAUAGCACGACCUCUGGCGCCGGUCCAUCAACAUCUGGAGGCAACUCGGCCGGGUUGGCGAUGCCAAUCACCAGUCUUUCCUCCUCGCCUUCGAACAAAAUUGCACCAGCGAGUUCAACCGGGAAAGCUGCGAGCGACGCCGGGGGAUCCCAUAGUAUGUAGUGAGGUCACCGAACGGUUCUAACCAGGGAGUUUUUUUGACAGCUACCCUGAAAAACGACCGGCAGUUUUCAAGCGGCCGGAAGCGUUUUUUGACAAAAAAUAUUUUCAAUUAUCAAGCGGCUUUGGCUGUGUCGGCACCGAAUCGCCAGCGGAUUCUAUCGAUCGCCGCUGGGUAAAACGACGCAGGGGAGCCGGCAAAAGGGGCGCCCUUCUGAGGCGCCCACCGCCUUAGUUUCUGGCGGUUUGGGGCGCCCAAAAAGGGGCGCGAAAAAAACGCGCCCAAAAUCAGAACAGCGAAACAGCACGGCACGGCCGCGAUUUCGGAGCAUUUUGGGCGGCCGCGAAAGCGGCCGAGUUUUCGCCUGUUUCAGAGCCUGGGAAGCUUUGCAAAAAGCGCCGGCGCGAAAAAUAAAAACGCAAAAAAGCAAAAGCGCGCCAGACGCGCAAAGCCAGCCCGCAUGCUACGGGCCCGAUUUCCCUUCGCUUUUUGGGCGCCCCCCGUGGCACCCGGAUCGGCCCCAUAGCAUGGGGGCUGGCUUUCGGAAGGGAAUAUCGGGAAUUUGCCAAAAUUUGCGACGUUUAUGAAGCGGCCACCAUACCGUGCGGCCUAACGUUACUCGCGACGGCAUGGCGAACCCAGGAAAAGCACAGCCGCGGCCAAAGCGACGGCCGGCAAGAAAACGCCCACGACCUCACUACCUCCGCCCCGGCGGCUAUAUUUGGUACCGACGCCGUUGUCUCUUUCUCGACAGCUGCCACCGGUACGGUGGUGCAGCAGCAGCAAUUUGCUAUAGGUCCGGACCAAAUCUCCUCCCCGUCCAACUUGCACCACAUUGAGCUUCAAGACCGCGGCCAUCAACUUGCCGCAACCAGUACCGCCGCCGGCGGAAACAAUAAGACCUCCAAACACAAGAAAGACGAGACCAAGCUGCACACGGACUGGACGGGAUUUCAGGAAUGGUUUCGCGAAAAACACAAGCAGACGGCGAAGCUCCCGAAAGCGUCGGAGAGCGACUACUUUCUUUUCUCGAGCGAGAUCUCGCGAAAGCGGGAGACUGUGACGGAAUUUGGCAGCGUGGAGCGCUUCGAGAGCGCGAAGGAGGAUUUGUUCGAUUUGAAAUACGGACUCUUUGACAAAGAUUACUUGACCUCGGAAAGAAGAAUCACCCGGCUCUCCUGGAUCCAACCCCUCUUGCGGAAAAAAAUGGUACCUGUGAACGAACCUGUAGCUGCGGAAGCACAGCAGAAGCGGGGUGGACGAGCACUGGCCGCAAGGAAUAUCACUGUUGGUACUACUUCCGAGCAGCGAAAAGGGCAAAAAACGUCGAGCCCGCAUCUAAAUAAUCCGGAAGAAGAAUUGAAGGAGGUUGUCGAGUUUCUCUAUCCCUACUCGGCGUUACCAAAGGUGGACUUGAAGUACUACUUCCUCGGCGGACCCGACCUCGCCGCGCUGGUCAUUGCGCACAAGCGGAAGCAGAAAAAGUACCAGAUUGAGAUCGAGUUCGAGCAGGGGCCGCUGGGUAAGUUGCGGGACCAGGAGAAGAAGCUCGAGCGCAAAUUGUUCGGGAAGCGCUACUUCGGGGACGUCGGGGAUGUUGACGACGUUGAGGUUGAAAACCCAAAGGAGAAAAAGCAGGUCACGUUUUUAUGCACAGAAAUCAUGAUUUAGCGCGCAUGGGCUUGCGCUUGGGCACGGCGUCGGUGGUUUGGGUUUCGCAAAUGUCGCGCGUGCAUAAACAGGGCUCUGCCCUAGCGCUUUCUCCUGUGAUCUUCUCAUUGCACAACACAUCAUAAGAAAGAAAUUCAAGAUUCUUCAGGUACUAAUAUGCGCAAAUUUGUGUAUGCAUUUCGUACAUCAAGAACGUCCGUCUACGUGCGCGCUAGAUUUGUAUUCCGCAUACUUUGUCGGGAUGGCGAAGAAGAUGCAGGCGCUGGGUGUGAUGGCCAAUAUGGG